ACAGGAGAGGUGGGAACCCUGGGACGGUAGUGAUCCGGAGUCUCGGCGACGGGGCGAGACGGGGCCGGUAGGUGGUGGGAGGGGGCCCAGCCGGAGCCGGCUGGAGGGCCAGGCCCGGAGGCCCCCACCCUGGCGUACCUGCCCCGGCUGCGGCUGAGGAGGAGGCGGCGGAGGAGGAUGAUCUCCAGAUACACUCGGAAGGCCGUGCCGCAGACCUUGGAGCUGAAAGGAGUAACAAAACAUGCUCUUAAUUAUCAUCCCCUUCCAGAGCAACUGGAUGAAAUUUCCUCUACUAAUGAUGGCCAUGAAAAAGACACAAGUUCCCAAAGUGAGUCUGACAUCACUCAAGAAUCACCUUUAACAUCAGGCAACACUGGGAAUUCAGGAUCUGCUUUUCCAAGUUAUACUGGCACAGGGAUCUCUACAGAAGGCAGCUCAGACUUCUCCUGGGGAUAUGGUGAACUUGAUAAAAAUGCCACUGAAAAAGUCCAGGCCAUGUUCACAGCCAUUGAUGAGCUCUUAUAUGAGCAAAAGUCAAGUGUGCAUACCAAGAGUCUACAAGAAGAGUGCCAACAGUGGACAUCUAGCUUUCCUCACCUCAGGAUUCUGGGUAAACAGAUAAUUACUCCAAGUGAAGGUUAUGGAUUAUAUCCUAGAUCCCCACCUGCUAUUUCAGCUUCACAUGAAGCAGCCUUGUCUCAAGAAAGAGAUUCAGGAAUAUUUGGCAUAAGAGGAAAGAAGUUACAUUUUUCACCUUCUUAUGCUCAAAAAGUAUCUUCCAUUGCCAGAUCCCCUGGUUUGUGUGCUGUGGAAAGAGAAGACGACUGUAUAAUCUUCUCAGAAGGAAUAAUUGAGGAAUACCUAGCUUUCGACCAUACAGAUAUGAAAGAGGGAUUUCAUGAAAAUAAAUCAGAAGCAGCUACAAAGAAACAGAAAUUAGGGUACCCUCCCAUUGCUCCAUUUUACUGCAUAAAAGAGGACAUUCUUGCUUAUGUGUUUGACAACGUGUGGAGCAAAAUUGUGAGCUGUAUGGAGCAAUUGACACGUAGUCACUGGGAGGGAUUUGCUUCUGAUGAUGAGAGUAAUGUUGCAGUCACCAGACCAGAUUCAGAAAGUCCCUGUGUGCUGAGUGAACCACAUACUUUGGUGUUACCUCAAGUGCCACAGUCCAAGGUGCUGUCUGUCACCUCAAAUCUGAUGAGUCUCUGUCAAGCAAGUGGUCAUCAGCCAAAUGCGAAUGAUCUCUUGAUUCAUGGGAUGCCUCUACAGCCAAGAAAUCUCUACCAAAUUGACAAGCUCCUAGAUCUUGAUGACAAGCUACUUAUGAGGCCUGGGUCCAGUACCAUCUUUUCAACCCGAAAUUGGCCAAACCGAGCCUUGGAGCUUAGUACAUCAUGUCUGUCAUAUAAAGUGCAGUCUGCCAGGAGACGUAAUCCCCCACCACGUACCCUUCAUCCAAUCAGCACAAGCCACUCACGCACCGGAACACCAAGACCUGUGGAAGAAAUCCUCAGAGGAUCACAAGUCCCUUUGGCAGUUGACUCGCUCUCCUCUCCCUCACCAAUACCCCUGAGUCGAAAUAAUCUGCUGCCACCUAUUGGCACAAGUGAAGUGGAACACCUGAGCCCUGUGGGGCCACAAAGGCAAAUGAAACCCCAUGGUGAUUCCAGUCGAGCCCGAAGUGCAGUGGUGGAUGAGCCUAACCAUCAGCAGCCUCAAGAUAGGCUCCUUUUACUUAACUUCUUCUCCAGGCCCAAUACAACUCAGUCAUUUAUGCCAGAUACACAGUAUCAUCGUUCAUAUGCACUUGAGAACCCUCAUCAAGCCCGACCCAGUAGGGGAUCUGCAGGUCCUCAUUUGCAUGCCUCUACAAAAUCUCAAAGCAGAGGUGGACCAAUCUCUAAAACCAGGCAGGGACCAUAAGGCAAAUGAGAAGAACCUAUCAGGCUGCAGCAAACAUGUGGGAAGACUUCAAGAAUCAGUGUUCGACCAUCAAAUGAUGGAGAGCAUGUAUAUAAGAUCAACUAGAAUCCAUCUUCAUGAAGAGUUAUUUUGGUAAAACUGACUGAGAAAAACAAUAGACUACCCACCAAAAGACUGACUACACGGGUAAUGUUUCUAUCUCCAAUUUUUGUCUUUCAGUGUAAGUUAACCUAUUCCACUCAACAGUAAAGACUGUACCCCAAAAAUGUAAAAAUGAAUAAUUGCCCCCAAAUCACUGCUCAUGUUGUCUGUUAAAGAUGAUUAGUACAUUUAUAGGAUUCUAUGAGAUUAUAUAUACACAACAAUAAGUAGCAAAUGAUUUGAUAUUAACAAUAUCACUGGCUUCAGAAUAUUUCAGCUUGUAUUAAUUUCUUGAGAGUUUGUACUCAAGUUUUGUCAUUUUUAGGAGAUAGUGCUACAAAAAAAUCUGAGCUACUCAUAAAAUAAACAUCAUUCCUAAA